GUGCCCCCCCGGGCCCUGCUGUGCCGCCCCCCAAGACCCUCGAGAGCCCCCCACAGCUCCAGCACUGCGGGCAGCCCCGCGGCCAUGGCGGUGUCCCCAGGGGGGCUGGUGGCGGUGGCACAGGUGACAUCCACGGCAGACAAGGAGCACAACUGGCGGCAGUGCUCGGCGCUGGUGCGGCGCGCGGCGGCGCGCGGGGCCCGGGCCGUGUUCCUGCCCGAGGGCUUCGACUUCAUCGGGGACAGUCCCCAGCAGAGCCUGGCGCUGGCAGAGCCACUCGACGGGGACAUCGUGGGGCGCUACCAACAGCUGGCAAGGGAAUGUGACGUGUGGCUCUCCCUUGGGGGUUUCCAUGAGCGCGGCCAGGACUGGGACAGCACCGGCCGGAUCUACAACUGUCACCUGCUGCUGGACAACUCCGGUGUGCUGGUGGCUGCCUACAGGAAGCUGCACCUGUUCGAUGCGGCGCUGCCGGGGGCCCCGGCGCUGUGCGAGAGCUCCUUCACCAACCCCGGCCGGGAGCUGCUGCCACCCAUCGCCACCCCCGUGGGCAAGCUGGGGCUGGCCGUGUGCUAUGACCUGCGCUUCCCUGAGCUGGCCCAGGCCCUGCGCGGGGCUGGAGCCCAAAUCCUGACCUUCCCCUCGGCCUUCACCGUCCCCACCGGAGCCGCGCACUGGGAGGUGCUGCUGCGUGCCCGUGCCAUCGAGUGCCAGUGCUACGUGGUGGCCGCGGCCCAGACCGGGCGGCACAACCCGAGCCGGGCGUCCUUCGGUCACUCUCUGGUGGCCGAUCCCUGGGGCACGGUGGUGGCCCAGUGCCAGGAGGGGCCGGGGCUGUGCCUGGCCCAGCUCGACCUGGCCUACCUGGAGCAGGUGCGGCGGGAGCUGCCGGUGCACGGCCACCGCCGUGGGGACAUCUACGGGGCCCUGGGGACACCGGGGACGUGACGGGGACACCGGGGACGUGACGGGGACACCGGGGACGUGACGGGGACCCGCAGCGGGUUUGGGCUCGAUCCGCUCGGAAUUCACACCGGAUUUGCUUCUCUGUCCCCAGAGUGUGAUGGUACAACGUGGCCCCCCUUUCUUUUUUGGGGGUUCAAAUGUGCAUUAAUUCAACUCCAAAUCAGCUCCAAAUCUGCAUUAAUUCAGCCCCAAAUCUGCAUUAAUUCAGCCCCAAAUCAGCUCCAAAUCUGCAUUAAAACAGCCCCAAAUGUGCAUUAAUUCAGCCCCAAAUCUGCAUUAAUUCAGCUCCAAAUCAGCUCCAAAUCUGCAUUAAAACAGCCCCAAAUCUGCAUUAAUUCAGCCCCAAAUCUGCAUUAAUUCAGCUCCAAAUCAGCUCCAAAUCUGCAUUAAAACAGCCCCAAAUCUGCAUUAAUUCAGCUCCAAAUCUGCAUUAAUUCAGCUCCAAAUCUGCAUCAAUUCAGCCCCAAAUCUGCAUUAAUUCAGCUCCAAAUCUGCAUUAAUUCAGCUCCAAAUCUGCAUUAAUUCAGCUCCAAAUCUGCAUCAAAUCUGCCCCAAUUCUGCAU